AUGUGCCUUGGGGAGGCAGUGUGGCUGCGGGCUUACACGUUUUACUACACGAAGAAGAAAAAACGGCCGCUGCUGAACCGUGCCUGUUUCAUUUACAGAGCUAAGCUUCGUUUUCUUUCGAUUGAAGGAUUGGGAACAUGGUGUGAUACACUUAGUAAUUAAAGGAAGUCGAAGGACACGAUGGAGUUCUCCGCAGAUGACGGAGAGACACCCAGUGUCAUCAACAUGACCACAAGCGAAAAGGUGGUGGAGCUUUUGAAUCAGGCUGCCUUGAUACCCGCAGAUGUAAAGCUGGCCGUGCUCAAACAGGUCCAAGAGCUCAUCAUCAACAAGGAUCCGUCUCUCCUUGACAAUUUUCUGGACGAAAUAAUCGCCUUUCAGACGGACAAAUCCAUCGAAGUGAGGAAGUUUGUCAUCGGCUUCAUCGAGGAAGCAUGUAAACGUGACAACGAGCUGCUGCUCAGGCUAAUCGCAAACCUGAACAUGCUGCUCAAGGACGACAGUGUCAACGUGGUGAAGAAAGCCAUUCUCACUCUCACGCAGAUGUACAAGGUGACGCUACAGUGGCUGGUGCGAGCCAAAGCCGUGUCGGACAUGCAGGAGGCCUGCUGGGAAAUGGUGACGCAGAUGAAAGGCGACGUCCUGGCGCUGCUGGACUCCGAGAACGACGGCGUGCGCACUCACGCCAUCAAAUUCACCGAGUCGCUCAUCGUCACGCUGUCGCCUCGCGUGGCUGACUCGGAUGUGCCCAAGCGGCAGGAGAGCGAUAUCAGCUUGGACAAAGUGCCCAAGGACCACGGGUACAUCCGCUACGAUGUUUUGUGUGAGGAGGGAAAGUCGGCUCUGGACAAGCUGCUCAAGUUCAUGGUGCAUCCGGCCAUUUCCAGCAUUAACCUGACCACCGCGCUGGGCUCCCUCGCCACCAUCGCCCGCCAAAGGCCCAUGUUUGUGUCCAAAGUGGUCCAGGCCUACGAGACCUUGCACGCCAACCUUCCGCCCACCCUGGGCAAGUCGCAGGUGAGCAGCGUGCGAAAGAACCUCAAGCUGCACCUGGUGGCCGUGCUCAAGCAUCCGUGCAGCGUGGAGUUCCAGGGCCAGAUCGGCACCCUGCUCCUGGACCUGGGCAUGCCUCAGAGCGAGAUCGCGCGCUCCACGCCACCGGUCCGGGAGCAGCGCAAGAGGCCGCGCCAGGAGCAGUACGUCGAGGGCAAGAAGGUCAAGAUGGAGCCGCCGGCCCUGAUCGAAGACGACGAGGACAAGGAGGAGCCGGUCCCUCUUUCGGCGCCCAAGCCGGCUCCGGUCCCGGUGGCGCAGUCCGCCAUCGACCUCACUGCCGACUUCCUGCGCCCGCUCCUCAACGCGGAGAACGUGGCCAAUAUGGUGCUGAUCAGCAUGGUGUAUCUGCCCGACACCAUGCCGGCGUCCUUCCAGGCCACGUACACGCCCGUGGAGUCGGCGGGCACCGACGCUCAAAUCAAACAUUUGGCCCGGCUGAUGGCCACGCAGAUGACUGCGGCUGGGAUCGGGCCAGGCCUCGAGCAGUGCAAGGCGCGAGAGAACGAGGCGGCCGGAGAGGACGGCGACAAAGACGGCGGCAAGGACUCGCUCAUCAAGCGCAAAGUGAUGGUGGGCCAGGCCAUCUCGGUGGUGGGGGGCUACUCGGAAAAAGGGAGGGCCGCCGCCGCCAACGUCUCCGCCGCCAAGAGGCUUCCCGAGCCCAUCCUUCCGUCGGCGCAAACCAAAUUGGCGGGGCCCAGCGGCAGGAAGAAAGUCUUCAGGCUGUCCGAUGUGAUCCAGCCUUUGUCCGACACGCAGAUUGAGCAGUUGACCUCCAAAACCAUCAAGCGCAUCCUUCAUUCCGAAAAGACCAUCUCUCAAAGCGGCAUGUCCCAUGUGCGAGUGAAGCUGCUCUCCAAGCUGGUGACGCAGUUCGAGGGCAUCAUGAAGGAGGACGUGCUGCACUUCAUCUUGGAGGACAUCCGCAGCCGCAGCGAGCUGGCCUUUUCGCUGCUCUAUCAAGAGUACAACACGUACCUGAGCCAGCUGCCGUCGGGACUGCUGGACAGCUACGACCAGUGCCUCUACACGCUGCUCUCCGGGCUGCAGGAGAAGCCCGAGCAGAAGGACGGGCUGUUCACCAAACUGGUCCUGGAAGCUCCCAUCAUCACAGAGUCGGCGCUGGAAGUCAUCCGGCGCUACUGCGAGGACGAGUCGCGCGUCUAUUUAGGCAUGACCACGCUGAAGGAGCUCAUCGUCAAGCGGCCCUCCAGGCAAUUCCAGUACCUUCACGUGCUUCUGGAUCUCAGCUCCCAUGAAAAGGAAAAAGUGCGAUCGACGGCCCUGGCCUUUCUGAAGCGUAUGUACGAGAAAGAGCACCUCCGGGACUACAUUGAGAAGUUUGCCUUGAACUACAUGCAACUCCUGGUGCACCCCAACCCCCCGUCGUUGCUUUUUGGGGCCGACAAAGACACAGAGGUGGCGUCCCCUUGGACCGAAGAGACGGUGCGUCAGUGUCUCUUCCUCUACUUGUCUCUGCUGCCGUUGAACCACAAGCUGGUGCACGAGCUGGCGUCCGUCUACACCGAGGCCAUCGCCGACAUCAAGCGCAGCGUGCUGCGAGCCAUCGAGCUCCCCAUCCGCGGAAUGGGCAUGAAUUCCCCCGAGCUGCUGCUUCUGGUGGAAAACUGCCCCAAGGGUGCCGAGACGCUGGUGACCCGCUGCCUGCACAUUCUCACCGACAAAGUGCCUCCGUCUCCGGAACUGGUGGAGCGGGUGCGGGACCUUUACCAUAAACGCGUGCCCGACGUUCGCUUCCUCAUCCCGGUCAUCAACGGCCUCGAAAAGAAUGAAGUCAUCCAGGCGCUCCCCAAGCUGAUCAAACUCAACCCCAUUGUGGUCAAGGAGGUGUUCAACCGGCUCCUGGGAACCCAGCACAGCGAGGGAAGUUUGUCGGUGUCCCCUCUGACGCCGGGCGAUCUGCUCAUCGCCCUGCACAACAUCGACUCGGCCAAAUGCGACAUGAAGUCCAUCAUCAAAGCAACCAACCUGUGCUUCGGCGAGAAGAACGUCUACACCUCAGAGGUUCUGGCGGUGGUGAUGCAGCAGCUGAUGGAGCAGAGCCCUCUGCCCAUCCUGCUGAUGCGGACCGUCAUCCAGUCGCUCAGCAUGUACCCGCGCCUCUGCGGCUUCGUCAUGAACAUCCUGUCCAGGCUCAUCGUCAAGCAGGUGUGGAAGUAUCCCAAGGUGUGGGAGGGCUUUGUCAAAUGCUGCCAGAGGACCAGACCUCAGUCGUACAGCGUCCUCCUGCAGCUGCCUCCCGCCCAGCUCGCCGGCGUCUUUGAACGCUGCCCGGAGAUGAGGGAGCCCCUGCUGCACCACGUCCGGUCCUUCACGCCGCACCAGCAAGCUCACAUCCCUGCCUCCGUCAUGGCCGUCCUGGAAGCCAGCAAGAAAGCCGUGGCUAAGCCGGCGGAGCCCGUGAAGAAGGAGGCGCCCCGCACGGAGAGGGCUGCUGACCUGGCGGCCGAGGGCGCCGAGCAAGCGCAGCAGCAGGAAAUGCCCGCCCUCGCGACUAAUGUGGAGACGGAGGGGGAAGAGGAGGAGGAGGAGGAGCAGGAGGAAGAGCCCAUGGAGCAGGAGCAGCAGCAAGAUCAAGCAGAUCCAGUGAGAGGCCAGGAGACCGUCGAUGCCACCUUGCAGGUGGAGAUGGCGAGAACCGAUGGAACGCCUGAACCCGAACCUGAGGUGGAACCAGAACCUAAAGCCGAACCUGAACUGGAACUUGAGCCAAAAGCUGAACCUGAAGCCGAGCUUGAUCCCGAACCAGAGCCAGAAACGGAACCAGCCGAGGAGCCAAUGGAGACCUCAGAAGCCGAACCUUGCGAGACCCAGGAGACGUUGAAAGAGGACGAGGACGGAGAUGCCAAACAGGACAUUGGGAGUGGCUGUGAAGGCGCUGAAUGAAGAGCGCUCAAAAAAAAGAAAAAAAAUGUUUGUGGACUAUAAUGUUCCUUCUCUUCCUUUUGUUCUUGUAUAAAAUAGAUUUUGAGUGUCAGGAUUGUUUCCACACACCCCUCGUAGUGGUCGACAAUAAAUCAACAAAAUAAGAGA